AUGCUGCACUUUCUGCUUGGGAUGUUACACGCGACCUUGCCCGUCUCUCUCAAGCGCAGUGCGUCCUCUUCGCUAGUGUGUGAAGCUGAGCCAGCACAGUCGACCACAAGAACAACAGACCCCAGCAUCUCGCAACGGUUCUAUCGAUCAGUAGAAUGUGAAGGCCGACAUGAGACAGCCGAGUUCCCCGACCAAACGCUAGAACAGUCACCUGCUGUGCCGCACCAAGAGUCGCUCGAGCAUACACGAGAAACUGCUCUGCAUACGCUAGCGCUUUGUCGCAAUGUCAUUGCUAGCCUCGAAAUAACACGACUCAGCAAAUCUCGAACUGGGCUACACUACUGGCUAGGCUUCUGGGACCGAAUCUAUGGCCGACAGUUCGCUCGUUUACUCUCCUCUCGAGUGACCAAUACAUUAGCCAGGAUCGAUGCGCUAUUUCGCGCAGUCUCCGGAGACCUUCAUGAGCUCACACGACGAAUGCAGCAUGCUGUCACCUAUGCUACAUCGGAGAAAGAAAUCCUGCGUCUGCUUGAGCGAAUGGAAGACGAAGUCAGUGUACGCCGCAAGCGGAGACGGAAGAAGGCACAGAUUAUCAUGAACAAACUGCGUGCCAGCAUCGAAGCAGUCCCGAUUAAAGUUACUGAUGAGCUUUUCGAUGACUUGAAACGCGGCGUGUUUGCCUUGGAUGUGUUUUGUGAUUACCACCCUGGGGACCCGGAGGCAGAAGAGCAUGAACGGCAGGCAUUGCAACCGAUGAAUAUGGUGACAGUAUCACCGUAUCUACAACCGUGGCACGAAUCGGCAGCGGCCGGAGCGUAUAUGCCUCUAUCAGCAUACACAGACAUCCACCCGGACUGGACGGAGUAUGCGGGGGACUGGAUGCAUAGGGUGGAUUAUCGCAGUCGGCAACCUCCUCCAAACAAUCCUGCGGCGCACCAUAGGUAG